UAUGUUUUAAUAGUUAUUACAUUCUAUAUAUUAUAUGUAGUGAUUGUUUGUAAUUGAUUUUUUGGUUAUUAGAUAUUUAUUCAGUGUUAAUUUUAAAGCAAAAUAUGCCUGGAGAUAAUUGCAGUAUAACAAACUGUGGUACUUCAAGACGAACCAAAGGUGUUGGAAUAUUUAAACUUCCUCAUUCAAAUUCUGCAGAUCCUGCUCAUCAAAAAUGGCGAUCUGAAUGGUUAAAUUCAAUUACAAAAGGGCGUGUGAUUGACCAACAAUUUAAAAUGCAAAUCAAUUCUGGGAAAGUCUUUGCUUGUGAAAAGCACUUUAAGCCAGAUGAUUUUGAAAUACACAUUGGUGCAAAAAUGACAAAAAAGAUAAUGAAAAAUGGAGUUAUCCCAAGUCUAUUUCUUCCCAUAAAAAGUUGUAUCACUACUUUACCAAAAAAAAGAAUGCCAAGGAAAUCUAUUGAACCUACAACUAAAAUAUCAACCAAAUGCUAUGUUAAACUUAAAGACAUAGAAUUUCAAAUACGAAAUUUAAAACUUUUGAAUGGUUGGAUAACAGAUGUAAAAGAAAAUGAAAUAAGUGUUUUAAAAAGAAGUUCAAAUCAGCUUGUUCUUCCAGAAUUUGAAAUAAUCAUAGAUGAUAGUUUAGGAUAUAGUUUGUCUGUAUAUGGAUGGAUGCUUCCUGAAAGUCAUACCAUUUACAAAAUUUACAAAAGAAGUAUGCAAAAUAUAUCAUUAAAAAAUUUAAUUACUUUACUUGAAAGUAAUCAGUUAUGUGAAGGUGUACCAAUUCAUGAAAAGACAUCAAGUACCAUUCACCAUUGUAUACCUUUUAAAAACAAUCCACAUUAUUGGGAUACAGAAACAUCUCCAUUCCAAUGUAUGUCAUAUUACAGAAAUAUUAACUGUGACAUUUUACUUAAAGACUCAAGCAGAUGUAAAAAAUGUAUAUUUACAAACAAAUCAGUUAUUUAUUUAAAAAAGAAAAAAAAAAAGAGACACAAUGAGCCAGCCAAACUAAAUGUCCCUAUCUCUUUGACCUCACCAUCAAGACUUAAAUUAACAAUUCAACAGCAUCGUCUGAAAUGUGCACAAUUGCAAGCUAGGAUCAAAACAAUGCAAGAAGAGCUUAUUAGCUCAAGUGUGAUGAUGGACAGUGAAUUACAUAAUGAUUUUCUUUCAAUUAUCUCUGAUGCUAAACAUGAUAUUAGUGACUUUAUGAAUUUGUUUUGGCAAGAACAAAAAAAGUUGUUUAGAGUUUCCUCAUCAGGAGUUAGGUAUCACCCAAUGAUAAUAAGGUACUGUUUAUCCAUUGCAUCAAAAUCACCUUCUGCAUACCAAGAAAUUAGAAAUAGCAAAAUACUUGUGUUGCCAAGCCUGAGAACACUCAGAGAUUAUAAAAAUUAUAUUCCACCGAAAGUUGGGUAUCAGGAUAGCAUUGUUGAGGAGUUAAGUAGACAAACUAAACAUUAUACAAAUAUUGAAAGAUAUGUUGUGCUUCUUAUUGAUGAGAUGUCAAUUAAAUCUAAUCUGGUUUUUGAUAAGAAUAGUAAUCAGCUGAUUGGGUUUGUUGAUUUGGGAAACCCAGACUUAAACUUUGCUACACUACAAAAAUGUGAACUUGCCUCUCAUGCCCUUGUUUUCAUGGUUCGUGGUAUUGCAACAUCUCUUAAGUUUUCGCUUGCAUAUUUUACAACCAUCACUGCCACAGCAGUACAGUUAUUUAGUUUAUUAUGGGAUUCAGUAUGCAUUUUAGAGAAGAGAUGUAAUCUUCAUCUAGUUUCUGUUGUAGCCGAUGGCGCAUCAUCGAAUAGAACAAUGAUUAAACUACACUGUUACAUGUGUGGAGAUAUGAUUACUCCUGUCAUUUUUAAAACAAUAAAUUUAUAUGCCAAAUCUAGAUACAUCUAUUUUGUUGCUGACCCACCACACUUGAUUAAAACUUCCCGAAACUGUUUGUUAAAUUCUGGUGCCGGAAAAUGUACGCGCUACUUAUGGAAUGACGGGAAGUAUUUAUUGUGGCAGCACAUAACUCAAUUGUAUUAUGAAGAUUUAGACAAUGGUUUAAAACUUUUACCUAAAUUAACUAAUGAGCAUAUUCAAAUAAAUUCUUACUCUGCUAUGACUGUCAAACUAGCUGCUCAAAUUUUAAGUCAAACUGUAUCAUCUGUCUUGAAAACAUUUGGAACAGAAGAACAUACAGAGACAGCUCGGUUUUGUGAAAAAAUGGACAUGUUUUUUGACUGUCUUAAUUCUAGAACAAUUGAAGAACAUAGAAUGAAACCUUUCCUUAAAAAAUACACUGACCAAAAGGAUCCUCGGUUUAAUUUCCUUUUAAAUGAUUUUUUGGAAUAUUUUAAAAAUUGGAAAAAAUCUAUUGAUGAAAGAAUAGACAAAGCAGGUUGUCAAUACUCUUAUGAGGCUAAAGCGAAAAUGUUUAUUUCGCAUCAGACAUAUGAAGGCUUAAUGAUGACAUGUAAUUCAAUAGUAGAAGUUAUAAAGUUUCUGCUAAGUGAGGGUAUGCCUUAUAUUCUUACAAGUAGAUUUUGCCAAGAUCCAAUUGAGGAAUAUUUUAGUGCUUAAAGGAAAAUUGGGCGCUAUUCAGAUAACCCUGACGCAAAACAGUUUGGCUAUAAUGCUAAUGCAAUACGCAUUCAAAAAAGUGUUUCGCUUAAUACUGGAAAUACUAGAGGCUCAUAUGACAACAAAAAUGCUUGGAUAAAUAUUUCUGAAGAUUUAAUUCCAAAAAAAAAACAAAAAAAAACAUGAUUUUAUAACUAGUCUUCAUAUUCAAAACUUGUAAA